AUGUUACAACCCAGAUUUACAUUUCAAAAUAUUCCCAUAUCCAUUGCUCAGCUUCAUGAUUUUUUGAAAGAAUUACCAUUAUUUAAAUUUUAUGAUGAAAUAGAACGUAUUUCUAAAAACCCAAAUGAUAAUCCUACUGAAUGUGACACUUUAACUGGUUUUAAUACACUUCAAGAAAUCUGCUAUAAGAUCGUAUAUAUAUUAGAUAAUAUAACACAAUUUAGUAACUUAGUAGAUGUAGCUAAUAAUAAUUAUAGGUCCUGUAAAUAUUUAAAAUAUUUGGUACAGGAAGAAAUAGAAAAAGAGGAAUGUGAUUCCUAUACUUUACGUUCUCUAUACGAAGCUCUAAAUAAAUAUAAGAGUCCAAAUGGGAAUUAUGAAUGUAUUUUUGAACAAAAUACCAAUACUGAUACUAAUAUAAAUCAUACAACCAAAGAAUUGUAUUAUUAUGCAGAAUAUCUUUACUGGAUUAAAGAAAAUUUAAAAUAUUUUAAAUACCGAGGAAAUAAAAUUUUACCUAUUUCUUAA